UGGAAAUCUUAUCCACGAAUGGAUGGAGGAUGCUGGUUUGCGAACGUGGGUUGAUUGCUUGGGAAAUGUACAUGGUCGACUUGAGGGUACAAAUGCUAGUGCUGAGGUUCUAAUACUUGGUUCUCAUUUGGAUACUGUUGUUGAUGCCGGGAUAUUUGAUGGGUCUUUACUCUUUUGGCAUCAUUUCUGUGGUAUCUGCAUUGAAGGUUUUGAGUAUCGAUGGAAAAUUGGGAGAACUAAAGCGGCCGGUUGAGGUAAUAGCAUUUAGUGAUGAAGAACGAGUAAGGUUUCAGUCUACAUUCAUAGGAAGUGCUGCUAUAGCUGGAAUUUUACCAGUUUCAGGACUGCAAAUAACUGAUAAAAGUGGUGUGACAAUCCAAGAUGCUCCUAAGAAAAUCUCCAUUGAAGUUACAGAGGAGCACUUGCAGCAGCUCAGAUAUGACCCAAAGUCAGUUUGGGGUUAUGUUGAGAUUCACAUUGAACAAGGGCCUGUACUUGAAUGGGUUGGUGUUCCUCUAGGAGUUGUUAAAGGCAUAGCUGGACAGACAAGAUUAAAGGCGUUCAGUUUCGUGCAUAAUUGAUCGUAGCAUGAUGCAAAUGCAGUCAUUUGCGAUUCUGAGCUGACUUCGAAGCUGAAGUCAGCAGCAUAUCUUGGGCUCAAGAGAAUGACAGGUUCUGUUCAGGAUGAAGUACCUGUAUUAAUGAGUGGAGCAGGAUAUGAUGCAAUGGCUCUA